UGUCAUAGGUUAUACACAUGUUUUACAGAGUUCUUUUUUUGUAAGAGGUGCACAUUGAUAAAAAUUAUGGCUGGAAUAAAAUCUGCUAAAAGUACUUUACGUAAAAAAAUGAAAGAUAUUAUUACACAACUUAAUACUGAAGAGAAACAAAGACAAUCAAUGAAGGUAUUUACUAAACUAUGUUCUCUACCACAGUUUCGAGAAAGCACAAGAAUUUCCUUAUAUCUAAGCACAAAAGAUGAAAUUGACACAAUUGAAAUAUUAAAAUAUAUAUUUGAAAGAAAAAAAGUCGUAUUUGUUCCUAGGUAUAAAGGAAAAGAAAUGGAAAUGGUUAAAUUACUUUCGAUGCACGAUUAUGAAACACUACCAUUAACCAAAUGGAAUAUUAAACAACCAAAUGUUAAUGAACUUAGAGAAAACGCAUUACAAACUGGUGGAUUAGAUUUAAUACUUAUACCAGGUGUUGCAUUUACUGCUAAUGGAAAACGUUUGGGACAUGGAAUGGGUUAUUAUGAUAAAUUUUUGGACUUAUGUUUAAAGAAACAACAAAAAAUACCGCACUUAAUUGCACUGGCAUUUAAUGAACAAUUGUGUGAAGAUAUUCCUACAUCUGAAAAUGAUAUACUUUUGGAUCUUGUACUUACAGAAAAAUAAUUUAUAAUGAGAAAA